AGAGGAAGUUAUUUGCGAUCGAUUGUUUUGUGUCAUAACAAGCAAAAGCGACCAAAGUGAACAAACGUAUCGAAACCUUGUCAACGACCCAAAUUCCUGUGUCAUCAACUCUCAAAAUGAAAUUCCAAUAUAAAGAAGAGCACCCAUUCGAAAAGAGAAAGUCCGAGGGCGAAAAAAUCCGCCGAAAAUACCCCGACAGAGUCCCUGUGAUCGUCGAGAAAGCCCCCAGGGCCAGAAUUGGAGAUUUGGACAAGAAAAAGUAUUUGGUUCCGUCUGAUUUGACUGUGGGGCAGUUUUACUUUUUGAUUAGGAAGAGGAUUCAUUUGAGGCCCGAGGAUGCGUUGUUUUUCUUUGUAAAUAACGUCAUUCCACCAACAUCUGCCACCAUGGGCUCGCUUUAUCAGGAGCACCACGAAGAGGACUUUUUCUUAUACAUUGCUUACUCUGAUGAAAACGUUUACGGAAGUGAGGAGCUCUAAUUUAGCAACAAAUUGAUUUUUAUAAAUCCCUGAUUAAAAUAAAGCACCGGUAAAAGUUUAACAUUUAUUUCAUAUGUAUCAUAAGGCUUUUUGUUUGUCUCAAGUGACUUUUUUCUAAUUGUGAUAGUCGUAUUGAUUAUUUUUAUCUUCUGAUAGGGGCUGAAUAUUCUAACAUUUUUUUUUAACUUGAGUGUUACUGAGAUGCUGCUACGGAAGCAAGACGUUUCAUCACAAAUUUUAUAAAUUGAUAUUUAAUUUAUGAUGGAAUUUCUAAAGUAUUAGAUUAGGUAUAAAAAAUGUAGUUAUAUAAAUAAAAAUAUUUAAAAUCCAAAAA